AUGUCUAUUUUUUUGUCAAAUAACUGCCGUGAAAAUAAAAGGCUACCAGGAGUAGUGCUGAAUCGCCUCGGGGAUUUGCAUUACGAGAUCCUUUACGAUGGCAAACGUGUAAAACGCCACAUUGACCAAAUUCGAUAUCGCGAUGAUUCAAAAGUGCAAAUGAAUGAAAAAGGAACACAAUCUGCAGAUAUUGGACAAAAUAUACGAAGACGGCGGUCACAUGUGGAAUUUGAUACUUCAAACGCAUCCCGUUCAGAUGGGGAAAUCGCGAUUGAUGACCCACCGAAUAAUUUUUCGACACCCCUACCGAAUUAUUUUGAUAAUGAAGCUACAUCCACUGGUUGUUCUACACCACAAUCGAACUUCCGGGGAUUUAACUCUGCAGGAGAGAAUAAUGAGCAUAAUCAAUUACAAAACAACGCUAAUGUCGGAGGUGAGACGGAUAUUGCAGAACCAGUACCGAACGAUAUAGGACAGGAAGAACAAGUUCCAUUACGUAGGUCCACCAGGUUACGAAGACGCAAGAUAAUAUUUACACCGGAAUGAUUGGCUAUGUGAAAAAGGAAAUGUUAUGUAUUCUCUGGCAUCUUUGUUAUGUUAUAUUUGAGUUGCAAUAAUCUGUCAUAAUAUCAACCAACUGUCAUAUUAUUAUG